UACAUUCAUAAUCGUAAUAAAUAUUUCUAAUUCAGUCAGACAACAAAUUUUUACACGUAAAUUGCUAAGUAACUAGUAAACCCGUAAAAUUUAUCCCGUAAAAAAUAAAAAGUAUGGCCGUAAAAAAUAUCAAUAAAAUUAACAAUUUGAAUUUCUUUGGAUUGACAAAAAGAUUUCCUAAAGGCUGGGCUCCCCAUCGUCACGUCACAACGUAUAAUCAAUUAAGGAAACACGCACUGAAAAAAAAGAACCUUCUAAAUUACUCCAGUGAUCUAUGUAAGUCAUCGCCGACCAGGCUGGUCAAUGAGAAAAACGCUCGUAAUGGUACAACUCCGUUUGAUGCAAGGCAGUUUGAGAACAUGCUAGCAGCCGAGCAAAUCCGCCAGUCAAAUGAGAUACUGAAGGAGCAUUAUCUAAAAAGACGACGAAUGCUCAAAACAUUAGCCCACGGAGUCGAAAAACCAAUUCCGAAAUUUACCAAAAAACUGCAAAGUAUCAUGGGUCUAGAUAUCGAAUCCACAGACGAUACAGUCUCGUCGAAUAUCAUUAGAACCAGCGACUGUUACCAGAUCGCGAGCUCACGCGAUGAUAAAUAUGAAAUUUCCGGUGAAGCAGAAUGCUCGCAUAUCAAAGUGCCUAAACGUAGGCAGCAGAACUCUGAUGAGGAAGAUUCAAUUCAGCCAGAUGAUUAUCCGAGGAUCAGACGUACACGUAAAGCUGCCAGAUUAGUAAAGUCUCGAAAUUGUAAAAUCCUUGAUGAUUUUACACAAGGUAAAUAUAAAGAACGACUUUUAGCCAGUGAUCGGGAUAGGGUAAAGAAAAUGUGGCAAAUUGGAUCCAGACAAAUUCCACGGUUGGAGUAAUGAUAUAAAUUACGGACAAUCAGUAUAAAUUCUAAAUUGACACGUUAGAAUUUUUGACAUUAAUU